AUGGAAACCCUAGAAGAUGAACAAUCAACGAAGACGGAUGAUACCGAGAAACCAAAGAUUUCAGUUCCAGGUGAAGUAAUCGAAGAGAUCCUCUUAAGACUCCCCGUGAAAUCCGUACUCCGAUUCAGAACCCUCUCUAAACCAUGGCUCUCGCACAUCUCCAAUCCAUCAUUCACCAAGCUCCACUUCACUCGCGCCACCGCUGCACACCGCACCGCCUUAUUCAUUUCCGCUUACGAUGAACCCACUCGCAAACGACACUUUCUUUCCACCGCUCACGACGGUGGACCCGUCACUCAUCUCAUGACACUAGACGAGCCUUAUUCCACCGUUACCACACAAGCCGAACAUUUGAAUGGCACACGUAAGAUUUUUAAGCUCCCUCAUCCUUACACUGAUGAUGGAGAUGGAGAUGGAGAUGGAGAGGGGGAUCUCUGUUACUUAUUUGGGUUUGAUGAGUCUAGAAACGAACAUAAGAUUUUAAUGAUCAAGAAGCUUCUUAAAGAACCUACUAGAGUCCAGAUUAUGACUCUCUCUGUCAACUUAUUCAUGGACAGUGAUCGAUGCGGAGCUCCUGUUGGUUUUAGUUGGGCUAGUUUCUACUAUGAAAGUAGUGUUUGUGUCAAUAGUGUAGUACACAUAAUGCUUCUAAGCUCAUAUGACAUUUUGGCGUUUGACUUGAGAACUGAUAAGUUUUCAAUAAUUAGCACUCCUCAAGGUGUUAGGUCCCAUGGUCCCUCUUGGAGCGGUAGGAUUCUGCUCAAACUUAACGGGGUCCGUAUUACAAAAAUCAAUGGUUAUAUAGGAGUUGUUUGUCAUUAUUGCGUAGGGGAAAACAAUGAGAUGCAUAUUUGGAUAUUACAAGACUAUGAAAAUCGUGUUUGGGUCAAAGAAAUCAUUACAUUCCUCGACUCUUGGAUCGAAUUAGAUGGCUCUAGCCCGUUUCCUUUCCCACUAGAUGUUAAUAUAGAUGAGGUUAUCUUUUGUCCUCAAAAUAGGACGAGACUUUCUUUUCCCCAAGUCUUGGAUCAAACUGGCAUGGUGUAUGGGGAUGAGAUGAGUGUACCUAUCUAUAACAGGAGGAGUAGAUGUUGGAAAUCCUAA